AUGGUAUUGCUUUAUGGUGAAGGUGGAUCAGGUAAAUCGUUAUUGAUGAAUCUUCUUAAAGCAAUUUGGGGAUUAAAAGAAUAUUCUCAAAAACAAGUAUUAUGCUGUGAUGAUAUGGAUAAUCUUGCUAAGACUUUACCAAAGGCUGAUUUCUUGAGUAUGGCUACUCCUGAAUCCAUUUCAUGUCCGGUCAAAGGAAAACAGCGUUUAGUCAUUGUGCUUGAUUGGAAUAUUGGAGCUAUUCUUAAUGACAACAAGCUACCAAACUACAAGGAUGAGUCAGGGGAAGUGGUUCGUCGUUUCAUGGUCGCUAACUUUAUGAAUAUCAUUCCUGAAGAAAGGGAGAACACAAUUUUUGAGAAUGAUAUCAAAGAUCAGGAAUUUGGCGUCUUUCUACACCGCUGUCGAUCAGCCUAUUUAAAGUUUUAUUUCAAAUAUAAGAUCAAAGGAGUUGAGUCGUUCUGUCCAGUCUCAUUCAUUGAAAACCGCAACCUUCUUCGUAUGGCUACCAACUACACCUACCAAUUCAUCUCCGAGAAAUGUACAUACGAAGAAGGUGCUUCUAUCAGUGUUUCUCAAUUGAAUAAAGCCCUGAAAGCGUAUAUCAAGGAGCGAUAUGAAAUGAAGCAAACGUCAAAAGAUACGAUCAAUAUCUCAAAUUUGAUGCUCGUUGAUGCGAGGUUUGUAGAAAAGAAGCUGAAUAUCUGUAAGAGCGUCGCAAGGCGCACAUAA